AGUUUAAGACAGAGAACGUUUAAUAUAGAGAAGGUUCACGUCGCGAAUAACGUAAAAAUAUUUUUGGCUAACUCGGCAGAGAUGGAAGAGUCUCACCACAGACAAAUUAUGAGCGUGUUUCACCACAUUUAACAGCGAUUGAGGGGUUUUUAGAGUGUAUGAGAAUAACAUGUAAAUGUAAAUAAGAGAGCCAAUGCAGGGCAAUAUACAUACAUGUGUAUUUACAUAUAUGCAGGUGAUUUUUGGUUGGCGGAAAAGUUCCUGUAUGCUACAUAUGACUUUUUCUAAAGCUAACGUAUAUGUAUAUGUAUGUUUUACGGGAAAAUUGCGCCAAAAUGAAAGAUAAAGAGGGGAUUCUGCUUUCUGAUUGGAAAAGUUUUUGUAUACUAUAUAAAAGUAGUUAGAUAUUUUCUAAGUCUAAUAUACAUAUAGUAUAUACAUAUAUAUAAUAUAUAAUAAUAUAUAUUUUACUGGGGAAAUUGCGCCAAAAAUGAAAGUUGAAGAAGAAAUCGUCAACGGAAUUUUAGUUCUAAAUGAAUUUUGUCGCGGAAAGAUCGCCAAUUCGAUUUUGUACGAUUUUUAAAUAGUUUUAAUUAAAAAAAUGAGCAACAAAAGUUUAAAAAAGUGUCGCGUUCGGGAGUGCACAUCAGAAUCUCCCGGGAGAUUCUUUUUAUUCCCUAGGAAGCAGGAAGAGUUGCAGAAGUGGGUGGAAAAUUUACGGAUCCCACCAACGCAGGAUAUACCCACCUACAAUGCAUUUGUUUGCAUUAAGCACUUCGAACGAAGUGCAGUGGGUGCGAAAAAAUUGAAGGCAGGAGCUGUGCCCACCCUUAAUCUUGGAUACGAAGAAGCACCUCCACAUUUGUGGACGGGUCCACUGCCACGGAGAAGGUGCUGCAUUCGCAGUUGUGCUUCCAGAGGGGCAACGAUUUUCGAGUUCCCAAAAAAAGAAGAUGUUCGGCAGAGUUGGGCAAAGGCUUGCAACUUAGUUGUGUCGCCUUCCGAUACCCUUUUUAUUUGCCGAAAUCAUUUUGACUCGCAGUUUGUCGCUAAAUACAAACUUUUGCCUGGGGCUUUUCCAUGUUUACGAUUAGAGCCAGCACUAAGUCGUAGCUCAUCUAGUGCUGACUCUAAUUGGGUGUGCCCACCCGUCACUGUGACUUAUGAACGUCCUAAAGUAGCUGUAGGAGUAGAAGAGGACGACAUAACAUUGAAAGAGUUUGAACAAUAUUCCAUAUUAGAGGAAAGUAGAUUAGGAUUAGGACCCCAAAAUAACGACGUAGGCUCUGCUUUAGACAGUCGCGAACGAUUUGCUCGAUCGGCACGGUAUUACCAAAGUAAUGCGCUUAGAUUAAAUAAAAAGAUCGAAGAGUUAGAGGGGGUAAUUAAAGAUUUAGAAAAAAAAUAUGAAGACCUAGAACAACGUGCAAUAGUUGCGGAUGUAUCUUCAAGCUCUGACGCUAUAACAUUCGCUAGGAUGAUCGUUACCAAGCACAAUGUUUUUAGUGACAAUGAAAGGACAUUGGCACAAAACAUUAACUAUAUGUCCACCAAAUCAUAUAGUUUCAUGCGUGACGAUUUAGGUUUCGCUUUACCAAGCAAGAGUUCUCUUUUGCGUUGGCGCCCCAUUAGGUAUGUUGUCCCUGGUAUCCAUGCCAAUGUCUUGGGAAAUUUACAAAAAAUUUCCAAAAAAAUGUCCGCUUUAGAACGAAAUUGCGUUUUGUUAUUUGACGAAAUAUCAAUAAAGUCCGACCUAACUUAUAAUAGAGUUAGGGAUGUUAUUGAUGGGUUUGUGGAUCAUGGGGAAGGACAACGUGAGAUGAUUAUAGGUAGUAAGUGUUGUUUUUUAUGAUAAAAGGGUUAUGUUCCAAUUGGAAAUAUGUGUUUUCGUACUACAUUUCCAAGACGGGACUUGCUCCGUCUGAAUUGAAAGACAUUUUGAGCAAAAACAUCGCAUCACUAAAGUCAAUAGAUCUCAAUGUAAAGGCUUUAGUCUGCGAUCAAGGGCCCUCAAAUACUUCACUUUUCAAUUUGUUAAAAAUUACUGAAGAAAACCCCUUUUAUAUGCACGAAGGUUUAAAAAUAUUUUGUUUAUAUGACUAUUGCCACCUUUUUAAGUCCGUCCGUAAUACAUUUAUGAAAUACGAUAUUUCAACCCCAAAUGGAAUAGCCAGCUUCAAGGUUAUAAAAAAACUUUACUCUAUCGAUCAGAGCAAUAUGCACUUCAAAAUAUGCCCAAAACUUACAGAGGCCCAUGUUUAUCCCAGCAUAUUUGAAAAAAUGUCCGUGAAACGUGCAACUCAAGUUCUGAGCAAUUCGGUUGCUGCUGGCAUUGAAAUGGCAUAUAGCCAAAGUCUAUUCGGCUCCGACGAAUAUUUAUUAAAAUGUGCACAGCCUACGCAGCUAUUUAUUAAAAAAAUGAAUGAUCUUUUCGAUGAUCUAGACUGUAAGAAUUUUGUUUCCAAAAAUCCGCUGAAAUAUCCGUUAUUGAAGAAUGACUCCGGGAAGGUCCAACGCCUCUAUGAUUACAUAAAAUAUUUUAAAACAAUCAAGCUUCCAGUUUCUAGUCAGGUUAAAUGUAUUAGUGGGUUUUGUUCCACAAUAAGUGGAAUGAUUCAGUUGAGCGAAGAUCUAUUUAGGGAUCAAGAGGAAUUGAGGUUUAUAUUCCUAGGGAAAAUUAAUCAAGAUGCGUUGGAGAAUUUUUUUUAUAGAAUCCGAGCUAGUCAGGGUAUCAAUACCCAUCCCUCAGCCAAUGAGAUUCAAUAUAUUGUAGGUAGAUUAAUUUCGAUGAAAAUUUUAAGGCAAAAUUUUCAAGAUAAGGGGGCUAAUUGUGAGGAUGAUGACGACAUAAAUUUAGAUUGGAACUUAGGCCCCGAAGAUCGUCAUCUAGAUAUACAGGGAAACGAACAGGAAUCUGAGCAGCUCGACCUGGAAUCUUUCACUAUUCCAGACGAAAAUUUUGUUGAAGAGGACGACAAAACUGACGUCCAGAUCAAGCGGUAUUACACUGGCUAUGGUAUUUACCAAAAAAUUCUGUGUAAAAUCCAUUGCGAAGAAUGCACCAAAGCAAUGACGAAGACACAAAGCGAUUUAACGCUUUAUUCGGAGGCCCUAAUCAGAGCUAAGAACUAUAAGGAUGACGGCGACUUAAGGCUAGUCAAUCCUAGUGAUAGGGUCUUCGAAGUGUGUCGACUGCAGAUGAUGUGGUACGUCCAGCUCUUCAACAAAUAUGCUCACUAUUUAAAUGUUCGUAGUCUGAUGUUGUCCGCCAUAAAACAAAAAACGGAAAAUGUUUUUCCUCAAUGGUUUGAUACAACCAAUGCAUGUUUCGCCCAUAAAAUGAAACUAUUAGAGUAUUUAGUGACUGUUCUGCUAUACAAAAAUUCAAAAUGGUUUGAAAAGCAAGAGAUAAAUAGGGAACGACAUCGGAAGCGCGAUGCUAAAUUAAAAAAACUUAAGUAAGUUGCAAGCCAGAAUGCUUGAAUAAGAACAUCUUACUUUCGGGUUAGUAAUGAAUUAAUGAAAUAAAUAUUUACAUUUUAUAAUGUUUUGCAUUCUAUCAUUUCCAGGUUUUUCUACUUGCAGUUUUUUUCUCUACUUUCAGUUUUCUUUUAUUAUUAUAUUUUCAGGAUAAUUUUUUUUCUUUUUCUUUUUCAAUAGCAUGCCAACUGAGCCUAGCUUUUUUAAACACAAAUAUUGCACUUAAUCUAGAUGGAUUAAAUUGUGUUUAAAAAAGCAGGUGAAAUUAAAUGACUAAUUUUAACCAAUAAGUCGUGAGAAAAAUUUCCAUUUUAAAUGGACAAUUUUGUAAUUCGGCAUCACAUAUUUAAUUUUUGUAAACAUAUUAUUUCAUUUUAUUAAAAUUGUUAAGUUUCCAAUAAAUAAUAGAAAAAAUCAAUAAAAUUAGCAUAUUUCAUCUGAAAAGAAUAAACUGGUCUUUAAUUGAUAGUAAAAAUCAUUUAGGAUUGAAUAAGAUUGAUGUGUUGAACCAGAGAACUUAAAACAUUCGACAGCGAAUAUUUUUUAAAAUUGCGACACGGAAUGUCACCACAUAAGAGACAUAAAUAUAUGUAUGCAUGCUUCUUAUGAUGCAUUUACGCGUUCAGAAAUUCAUAUCAUGAUUUUAUCACUUAUCAAUAUAUUACAUGUGCGCGCAUUGCAUGUUCAUAUAUUCAUAUAUACUUAUAUGUAUAUUUGUAUACACUUCCGAACAAAUAAUGCACAAGCAUACAAACAUACAUAUGCGUACACAAGUGAAUACGUCACCACAAAAAAUUGAAGCAUUGUUCUACAAAAACAAUUGUCUAAAUAGCAGAAGCAUCACAAGUCAAUAUGGCAGCCGAAUUGGCGAAGCCCAAAUGUAGUAAAUUUUACAACAAAAACGAUUUCAUUCAUAACCGCAGGCGCAUAUUCCACAAACGACCUCGCUUCAUUCUUAAAAACAGACGCCGUAACAUCUCCCCGAGCAUGCCUUUGCCCACAAGCGUCUUUUCGCGACGAUGGCAAAAGCUAAAAAUCAUAAAUUGAACAACUUUCUGAUGAUUCUUCACAGAAAGAAGUGAGAAAAGUGGCAACAUAGGAGUUGUCGAUUUAUAAUAUUUGUCUAAAAUAUUUUUCCGUGACUCGCAAAAAUCUGCGUCGAUAUGUAUGCAAGCUCAUACAUAUGCAUACAUAUUUACGCUAGUUUGUAGACGAAGCUGUUACAGCGGCAAGGGAAGCGGUCAAUAGGCGGCCAUUCGUUUAUUUUUUUCGGCACAGCUUGGAUUUUCUAUCAUCACACAAGUGCUGAACACAUUGAGUGCGACAGACUGUUCUGUCAAAUAUUAGAAUACACACGUUCUUAGGGACACAGUUAUUGAGGCAGCUGCACAACUACAUAACUGUGUCCAUAAGAACGUGUAUAUUUUAAUAUUUGACAGAACAGUCUGUCGCACUCAAUGUGUUCAGCACUUGAUUCUUUGACAAAACGCCAGUUUCGGCCAUUGGUUGAUCUUUACAAGGGAGAUGCGAAAGAUGCGUGCGACUACAUAUGUAUGUAUUUGGCUGCCAUAUUGA